AUGGCGGGUUCCUCCUCGGGGCCCUCUCUGAUGGACAGUCUCUUCCAGCGUACCCUCGACGACCUCAUCAAGUCCCUCCGCUCGGCCACCGCCAUCUCCGGGGCGGAUUCUCCUUCCCUCGUUCUGUCGCGGGCCGUCGACGACAUCCGCCGCGAGAUCCGCGCAUCGGACCAGACCACCAAGGCCAUCGCCCUCCAGAAGCUCACCUAUAUCUGCGCCCUCCAUGGUGUCGAUAUCUCCUGGGCUGCAUUCCAUCCCCUCGAGCUUCUCCCGUCCCCUAUCUUCCUCCACAAGAAACUGGGCUAUCUCGCCGCCUCCCUCAGCUUCUCCCCCUCCACAUCCGUUCUCCCCCUCGCGACCCACCAGCUCCGCAAGGACCUCUCGUCCCCGUGUGAUCCCGCGGCCGCCCUCGCCCUCGAAUUUCUCUCCUCCCCCGCCGCCUCUGCGGACCUCGCCCGCGACCUCUGUGUGGAACUCUCAUCUCUCCUCUCCAGCACCCGACCUCGGAUUCGCGUCAAGUCGACUGCCGCUUCGCUCCGAUUCUUCACCCUGUACCCUGAUUCUGUAAGGGUGGCCUUCAAACGUCUGGUCGAGAAUUUGGAGUGCGCCGAUCAGCGGGUCGUGUCCGCCGCCGUAGGCGUCUUCUGCGAACUCUCGGCUGUCGAUCCAAAGUCCUACUUGCCGCUGGCGCCGGAGUUCUACCGGAUUUUGGUGGACUGCAGGAACAACUGGAUUCUGAUCAAGGUGUUGAAGAUCUUCUCGAGGCUGGCGCCUCUGGAGCCGAGACUUGCAAAGAGAAUUGUGGAUCCAGUGUGCGAUCACUUGCGGCAGUCUUCUGCUAAGUCGCUGGUGUUCGAGUGCAUACGGACUGUGUUCACAAGUCUUGAUGGAUUCGACGACGCCGUGAAGCUCGGCGUCGAGAAGUUGGGGGAGUUCCUGGCAUCAGAGGACGACCCCAAUCUCAGGUAUCUUGGGCUGAAAGGCCUGUCAAUGCUUCAGCCAAUUCACUUGUGGGCAGUGGAGGAGAGCAGGGAGAUUGUGGUCAAGUCGCUUGGUGAUCCCGACUCCAAUAUCCAGCGCGAGGCCCUGCAUCUGAUCGUGAGGAUGGUAUCGGAUGCCAACCUGAUCGAGAUAUCAACCAUCCUUCUCAAUUACGCUCUAAAAUCUGAUCCCGAGUUCGCUAACGAGAUUCUUGGAGAAAUUCUGUCCGCCUGCUGUAGGAAUUUUUACGAGUUGGUUGUGGACUUCGAUUGGUACGUCUCACUUCUUGGGGAUAUGUCUCGCCAUCCACAUUGCACGAAGGGGGAGGACAUUGAGCAUCACCUCGUUGACAUAGGCUUGAGGGUCAAAGAUGCCAGGCCAGAGCUUGUUCGUGUUGCACGGGAUCUCUUGAUCGAUCCCGCUUUGCUGGGAAACCCUUUUAUCUGCAGGAUAUUGUCAGCUGCGGCCUGGGUUUCUGGUGAGUAUGUUGAGUUAUCGAGGAACCCAGUCGAGCUCGUGGAGGCUCUUUUGCAGCCUAGGGUUAGCCUCCUGCCAGUCUCUGCAAGAGCGGUAUACAUUCAGUCCGUUUUCAAGGUUCUGAUCUUUUGCUUGCAUUCAUAUCUUGAGCAAGACGGAGCUGGUCCUUUGGUGACCAGAGAUCCAGUCGGAGGAAGCCAGAUGUCAGAAAGCUCUGAUGCUGUGAUGUUCGAGAUUUCUUCCAAUUGCAGCUUUGACAGCAGAAUUGGUCUCGAAGGCAAGGACAAUGCCAGCAACGUGCAAAGAGCUCAUACUUCAAAUGAUUCAGCAGAGACGAAGGGGUUCCUGACAUACGACUCUCUGAAACACAUUCUAGAUUUGAUUGAAAUGUCUCUGAAUCCCCUUGUAGAAUGCAGCGAAGUGGAGCUGCAGGAACGGGCGCGGAAUAUUCUCGGCUUCAUCAGCGCAUUACAGAAAGUUCAGGGUUCUGAUUUUGAUGAGGAGGGUUUUAGGAGAGACCCCAGAAAUUGUAAGCUCAUCACGGUCAUGGCCGAUGCAUUUCUUGAGGAUCUGGGUCCAGUUUCUGCAAAUGCUCAGGGGCGAGUUCUUGUUCCCGAUGGAGUUAGUCUAAGGGAUGAUCUGUCGGACUUGGACGGCAUCCUGGAGGGUGAGAGACUGGAGGAGCCUUCCUCAGCCCCCGUCUUCUUCAAAAGGAGCGACCAGCUCAGCGAAGCCCAGGAGGAGGAUCUGCCAUCGCUGACUGAAUCAAAAUCUCUGCUUGCAGAGCAUCGUCGGCAGCACGAGGUGUAUUAUCUCCCAAAGGAGAGUAGCGAGGCUGAGAAGGAGGGAUACCCUCGAGCUAAUGAGGCCCCGUCCUCAGUCGGCCAUGGGCACAUCGCCGAAGGUUCCAUCCAGGAUCUUAUAAAGCUCACGAAGGAAUCUCUGGGUCCGAGGAGGACGAAGCCGCGCCCAGUGGUGGUAAAACUGGACGAGGGGGAGAGUGUUCCUACUGCGUCUUCCCUGAAGUCUGUGGAACCGAGAGACGAUCCUCUCUCUGGUGUGGUCCGUGAGGUUCUUCUGCAAGACGGCGAUGAACCCACCACUUCCAGGAGGAUAUCUUCAGGGAACCCAUCUCGGAGGAGAUCAAAGGGGACGAUGAUACCAAGGUCAACUGGCGAAUCCGCCCCUCAUUCAGACGAAAAUCUGGGAGACCUGCAGAAAGGAGGACGCCAUCACAGGAGUCACAGUCAUCGGAGGCAGGGAAGAGAUGGAGCUCAAAGUCGUCCAGAGACUGAAGACAGAGGAGAGGAGGGGAAAGUCAGCCACAAAGGGUCCCACAGGAGCAAUCAUCCUCGCAGGCACAGGCGCAAGGAGGAGGCGGAGGGUCCUCUAAACGUGAUCCAGCAGGCUCCCCCUGGUCAAGAUCUUCUUCUAUGA